GCUUAGGGGCUGGGUCUGGGGCCGGGAAGGGCUCUACUCUUUGUGGGAUCUGUGACUUCGGGCGCGCGGGUUUAUCGCGGGCACCGCGCCCCAGCCCGUGACAGAGUUGGGAGUGCUCUUCCGCCUGCCCACCUGCCAGGGGCUCUGGGGGCCUAGAGCUAGGAGACAGAGUUGCAGGGCCGGUCCGUGUCCCUGUGAGGCUCUCUCCCGAAUCCCUGCGGUCUUAGGGCCGCGGAGGCGCACUGACCCCCGAGGUCGCAGGCGUGGCCACGGACCUACCUCCUGGUGGUAUAGUCGUCACUGUGGGUGUGGGUCUGCGAGGGAACUGGGUUCCGAAGCGUGGUCCUGAGAAAGGCGGCGGAGCGGCGCCAGUGCCCCCAGGCCGGGCUCGUGAGGGGUCUGAGAGCGCGCCUGAAAGCGGGGGAACGGCUCCUCCUCGGGCGGCAGAGCUCCGCGCCGGGGCGGCAGUCCGGGUUUGAUAUCCCUGUUCAGGGCCGUGCGGGUCGACUGGGCGUCACCGCGCGGAGUGGGAAUGCCCGGUGUCACCCAGCGUACUCCCUGCUCCCUGAAUCGUAGGGAGGACCGCAGGGCUGCGGCCGCAGAACGGAGAUUUGGACCUAGUGAAAGGACGUCGCCCCUUAGACCCAGCUAUGGACUCCACAGCAUCAGUUCUCCCUUCUCAGGACCCUCCUCUUCCUCCAGAGAGAUACCCAGGAGAAAAGGGAACAACCAGUUUAUUCCUGAAAGCCAGGUCCCAGGAUCUGAUGACAUUCGAGGAUGUAGCUGUGGAAUUCACCAAGUGGGAAUGGGGACAGCUGGACCCUGCUCAAAAGGACCUAUACAGGGUAGUGAUGCUGGAGAACUUCAAGAACCUGGCCUCUCUGGGGCUUCCAGUGGCUAAACCAUAUGUCAUCUCCCAGUUGGAGAAAGGGAAAGAACCCUGUGUAUUAGAGGGAGAAAUCUCAACAGACUGGGAGAAAAGGCCUAAAGCCAAGGAAUCCGUACUGAAUCAGGGAAUUUCUAAAGAAGAAUUACACCAGAUAGCAUCAGUGGAAAAAUACAUCAGAGAUGAAUUCUGCUUCUGCAAACUGAAAGCAACCUGUGGUUGUGAUGACCAAUUAGAAAUACAACCAAAAAUCCAGGCGAGACAUCUGAAAGGAAUGCCAAUCUCUCACAAAUCUACCACCCUUAAGAUAGAUCAUGAACGGAGUGAAUUUGGGAGAAGUUUAGACCUAAGAUCAGUCCUUGUUAACCAACGCAGUGUUCCUAUAGAAGGAGCCUAUAAAUGUGACACAGAAUUCAGACAGACUUCAGGGAGAAAUAACUCCCAGAGAAGCCAUCCAGGAAAGAAACCUUGUAAAUGUAAUGAAUGUGGGAAGUCUUUCCAUUUCCAGUCAGAGCUGAGGCGCCAUCAGAGAUGUCACACCGGAGAAAAGCCCUAUGAAUGCAGUGAAUGUGGAAGAGCCUUUGGUCAUAUUUCAUCCCUUAUUAAACAUCAGAGAACUCACACUGGAGAAAAGCCCUAUGAAUGCAGUGAAUGUGGGAGAGCCUUCAGCCAGAGUUCAUCUCUUGUUUUACAUUACAGAUUUCAUACUGGGGAGAAACCCUACAAAUGUAAUGAAUGUGGAAGAGCCUUUGGUCAUACUUCAUCUCUUAUUAAACAUCAGAGAACUCACACUGGGGAAAAGCCCUAUGAAUGCAGGGAAUGCGGGAGAACCUUCAGCCAGAGUUCAUCUCUCAUUGUACAUUACAGAUUUCAUACUGGAGAGAAACCUUACAAAUGUAAUAAAUGUGGGCGAGCCUUCAGCCAGAGUUCAUCUCUCACUCAACAUUACAGAUUUCAUACUGGAGAGAAACCUUACAAAUGUAAUGAAUGUGGGAGAGCCUUUGCUCAUACUGCAUCCCUUAUUAAACAUCAGAAAAGUCAUGCUGGAAAAAAAGCUAUAUGAAUUCAGUCAAUGUAGGAAGGCUUUCAGCUGGAGCCCACAGAGUUUUCACAUGACACACCCUGGAGAGAGAUCCUGUAUGUGUAAUGUAUGUGGGAAGACUUGGUUGGAAGACCUGUCUUAUUCAACAUCAGACCGUACAUGCUAAAGAA